AAACGCGGCGCUUCCGAGCCGCCGUAACGCGUCGAGCGUGCGGAACGGAUGUAAUUCAUUUCAUUUGCUGCUUUAAAUGUCCGAGGAAGGAGGCCCUCUCCUCCCACCCCACCCACCCACCACCACCAGACCCUUGCUGUUCGCUGGCUCUCACCUCCUCCUCCUCCACCACCACCACCUCCUCCUCAUCAUCCCAUGGCUGCCCUCGUCCUCCACCUCGUCCUGCUCCUGCUGCCCAUCGUCAACAUCUGCCCGGGCAGCUGCCACGUGUGCAGGCACGCGGUGCCGGGCCGGGACCAGCUGCUGUGGGGGGUGACCCUGCCUGGGCGGCAGCGUGAGCUGUCUCGUCGCAGCCCUGAGUCGACCGGGCCCCAGCAUCUGAGAGUCCGUCUCAUCUACGACUCUAGCGUGGACAGUCUUCCAAAUGAAAAACGAGACUUCAUAAAGAUGCGGCUUUUCCCUCAGGCAGUGGAAUACAUCGAAAGUGCCUUGUUUGUUCGGAGCCCAGGAGCCAAAAUCCUCCUUAACAGAUACUGUGCCACCAACCACUACUUCAUGAAGCACCGGGACCCCCACCGCUACUGCCAGAGCGCGUGCGCCGAGACGACACGGUGCGGCCCUGUCACGGUGCCCGAUGAGCACCUGCAGCAAUGCCACGUGUGCGAUGAGGGGGGCCGGAACUGCGGGCCCAUAGGCCCCGCGGGCGGGCCGGGCGAGCCCGAUGCUGACUACGUGUUGUACGUAUCGGCACUAGGCACGGACCGAUGCCAGCAGGAGGGUGUCGUGGCCUACGCGGCAUACUGCCAGUUGGAGGCUCAGCUCGACAGGCCGAUUGCCGGCUAUGCUAACCUUUGUCCGGACAAGGUGUCUUUGGACGUGGGUGAGCAGCCUGACAUGCUAUCCACUGUCAAGCACGAGGUCAUCCAUGCCCUGGGCUUUUCAGCCGGGCUGUUCGCGUUUUACCGGGACGAUGACGGCCAACCCUUGACCCCGCGUUACGGAAACGGCCUCCCCCCGUUCAACGAUACGACGGGGUUGUACCAGUGGAGCGAGCGCGUGGCACGGCGUGUCUCUCGCCGCUGGGCCGUGCGAGGAGGGGAGCUCUCCCACCUCGUCACCCUCCUCGUGACUCCUCGCGUGGCGGAGGAGGCACGCGAGCACUUUGGCUGCUCGAGUCUCGAGGGUCUGGAGCUGGAGAACCAGGGGGGAUCUGGCACUGAGCUCAAUCACUGGGAGAAGCGGCUCCUGGAGAAUGAAGCAAUGACGGGCUCGCACACACAGCGCCGCAUAUUCUCGCGCUUCACGCUGGCGCUCAUGGAGGAUACUGGGUGGUAUCGCGCCAACUACAGCCACGCGGAAGCCCUGGGCUGGGGGAGGGGCCUGGGCUGCGUGUUUGCCAUGCAGAGCUGCAAGGCCUGGAUGGACCAUCGCAGUGACAGCGGCCUGAAUGUGGCUCCGUUCUGUAAGGAGGUGCGUGGCCACCCACUGCGCCUGGGCUGCGGGGCCGGGCGCUCGGCCCUCGUGCUGUGCAACCUGCAGCGCUACACCAACCCGCUGCCCACACACUACCAGUAUUUGGACUUUCUGCCGGGGGUGAGCUCCGCGGACAUGCAGCUGUACGGGGGCCUCGUGGAGAUAGCCGAUUACUGCCCCUUCAGCCAGGAGUUCAGCUGGCACGAAGGCGGCGCCUUCAGCCGGGGUUCAGCGUGCCAAAACCCACGCAACCAGCCCGACGAAAGGGUGAACUACGGCCUGGAGACGUACAGCCAGGAAUCUGCGUGCAUUGAGCAGGGCUCCACGUUCCACAUGCAACACUGUGGUCACAAGCGCGCGAUCCCGGACUGGGGCAGUGGCUGCUACCGCGUGACAUGUUCACCGGAGGGGGGCGUCACCGUAUGGGUUGGUGGCGUGGACUUCCCGUGCAGCCACGCUGGCCAGGCCAUCCGCGUGGCAGUUCGUGCUGGGCAGUGGCUGCAUGUGGGCAGCCUGCGGUGCCCGCCAUGCUCCGAGGUGUGCCCAGCCUGCCCGCCUGACAUGGAGCCAAGGCUCGGCACCACACGCCAGCUGGAGACAGAUGCGUGUCCCAGCUUUUCACCGGGCUUGACCGCCACUCUGUGGAUGCUGCUGCUCAACACCAUCCCGCACCUCCUGGGUAUCCUUUGCGUCGGCAUCUGACCACUCUCGCCUCGUUUAACCAUACUUUGCCAUUUGCCGUCGUGCGAUUGUGCCACUCCAGCACUGGCAUGCAAAUUGGCAUUAGUACACUAUUGGUCGAGCAUGUGAUGGUGAAAUUGAUGGUUACCCUCAAGAUGCACACAUAGAAUUGUGCGUGAUAAUUUUUUAUAAGCCGUCGGUCACAUUUCAACUAAUGCUUCAUUUUGAUCAACACGAGGCAUAACAAUGUAUACAAACAAGAUGGCAGAGGUGACCACGACCCCAAAUUGGGUCGAUAAACUCACUGGGGGGGUGGGGGGGGGGGGAGUGAGGAGGGUGUGUAUGAAUUGUCUACUAUGUAUUUAUGCCCAUGGAGACUCCAUGUGAUGCUUUGAGCCGUUUUAGGUUUCCCACAUUGCCUGUACGGAGCACUUUUGUGACUGAACACAGCUGAAUAUGGUACAAGUGUCACACUUGAAUUUUGUGCAGUCACCAAUGCCAACGCCAAGAAUAAAGACUUCCUUCCUUGGAGGCUCUGCUCACAAACUUCUCUGCUCCUGCUGUUCAAGCGAUGAUCUCAAACUUAUAAGUUCAGCUCAGUGCUGUUGUGGUGCACGCUGCACAAACCUGACCACUACAAGCUCAGCUUAGAGCAAUCCUCCAUUUGUCCAUCGAACCAUGUUCAUACUUUGACCCACUAAACUGCACAUUCCAUUCAGCAUUUAAGGAUUCAUCCUCGAUUUAAUUCCAUGACAAAUGCAUUGAAUCUCACGUGGAAGAAUUGGUUAAUUUGUGCAGAUAUUUAUAAUUAUUUUCAAUCAUGCCAUUGGAAUGAAAGUAAUCUCUUAAUAUAAAUGGAGGAUUUUUUUACAAUCAUUGUGUGUGCAGCUUGUAACCAGUUAAUUUGUACCGAUGAUGAAUUGGUAAAAUUGAAAAAACAUGCUGUGCUGUCAAGACUGAUGUUUGAGAAACCCACUUUAGACUGAGUAUAGAUGCAAACCAUUGGUGUUCAACAACAUAGCCGCUGCAAAAUCAGGGCAUUAGUGAUUAUACUCUUAAGCGCAGAUUUUUUGGAUACAAACUUAUUCCGUGGCGGUUUCUUUGUUGAUCAUUUAGUGUGCAGUCGUAUACUACCUCAGGUAAUAAUUAUAAUUUUAUUAAUGGCUUUGAGUUGUAUAAGCACUUUAGUUGUAUUCAAUUAUGGAGGUUUUAUGGCCAACUUACCACACCAGUCACUUUGCAUUUUAAAUCUAUCAAUUUGGGGUGGUAUAAUUACAUUUCCAGAUGUCGCAUUUUUUUGGGGAAACUUUAAACCAUCAGUGGACUGAUCAUGGCUGACAGGCUUUGACAAUGCUAUAAAAAUGAUCUACCAGGAAGCUUUAGAAUAGUAACCAACUUAAUGUUUCUAACAACAGUUGUCUAUGUAAUGUUUUCGAUGGAAUGAGCAGUAUUUUGACAGUGUAAUAAAAUAAUCCAAGUCAUUUGUCAACAAAA